AUGUCUGAGCUGAGCAUCCUCCCCGUGUGGUGUACUUGUGAUGAAAAUCCAUGUGGAAAUGGUGCUACGUGUUUUCCAAAGUCCAGACGAGAUGCUGUUUGCCUUUGUCCGUACGGAAGAUCUGGCAUCCUCUGCAGUGAUGCUAUUAAUAUUAGCCAGCCGAGUUUCAGUGGCACAGAUGUCUUUGGCUAUACCUCAUUCCUAGCUUACUCUACAAUCCCAAAUAUCACCUUCUACUAUGAAUUCCGCUUGAAAUUUCAGCUGGCAAACCACCAUUCAGCUUUGCAAGAUAACCUGAUUUUUUUCACUGGACAGAAGGGCCAAGGUCUUAAUGGAGAUGAUUUCCUGGAGUUAGGCCUCCGUAAUGGCAGAGUUGUGUAUAGCUACAAUCUAGGUUCUGGCACAGCAACAGUCAUCAGUAAACCCCUUGAUCUGACACUCGGUAUUCAUGUCAUCCAGCUGGGCAGACACCUCCAAAAAGGCUGGCUGAAGGUGGACGAUCAGAAGAACAGAACUGUUGCUUCUCCUGGGAGACUGGUUGGACUCAAUGUCUUCAGUCAGUUUUAUUUAGGAGGCUAUCGUGAGUAUACUCCGGAACUUCUACCGAAGGGAUCCAGAUUUAAGAAUAGCUUUCAAGGUUGCAUUUUUGAUGUUCAAGUUCGCAGCAGCAUGAAUCAAGAGUUUAAAUCGCCAGGGACUCCAGAAGGUCAUCCCAAUUCUGGUCGUAGUGUUGGACAAUGUAAAGAUUCCCCAUGCAGCUUAAUAAAAUGCAGAAAUGGUGGCAAGUGCAUAGAAAGUGGCUCUACUGUCUACUGUGACUGCCUCACUGGGUGGAAAGGUGCAUUUUGCACAGAAACGGUGUCGGUCUGUGAGCCAGAGCACGAUCCCCCACACCUCUGUAAGCAAGGUGGUACCUGUGUGCCACUGCCCGAGGGCUACACGUGUCACUGUCCUCUUGGAACAACCGGCACCUACUGUGAACAAGAUAUUUCCAUUAGUGAUCCAUCUUUCAGAAGCAGUGAGUCGUCGUGGAUGUCAUUUGCACCCUUUUACAUCCGGCAGAAGACCCACCUCAGACUGCAGUUCCAGCCCCUCUCUGCAGACGGGAUCCUGUUCUACACGGCGCAGCGUUUGGCUGCUCACUCGGGUGACUUUUUAUGUAUCUCAUUAGUAAAUGGAUUUAUACAGUUACGCUACAAUCUGGGAGACGAGACGGUCAUCCUGCAGACCCUUCAGAAGGUCCGUGUCAAUGGAGACACGUGGCAUUCACUCAAAGCAGGAAGAGUUGGUAACGAAGGCUACCUGGACCUGGAUGGUGUUAACAUGACUCGAGAAGCCAGUCCUGGAAUGAACGCGCUGGACACGCACACGGACUUUUUUGUCGGAGGGGUGUCCUCCUUAAACCUCGUUAACUCAAUGGCAGUAGAAAAUGAACCCACAGGUUUCACCGGUUGCAUACGAGAAAUGGUUGUAAACAGCAGGGAGCUGAAGCUCACCGUGGCUGACCCCAAAGGUGGAGCCAACGUGGGCGACUGUGACGGAACGGCGUGUGGGUACGCGGUGUGCAGAAACAACGGGACGUGUCACGUCGAAAACUCGGGCUUUUCUUGUUCUUGCCCACAGGAGUGGACAGGGAGCACGUGUGAACAAUCCAUUCACUGCUCACAGAACAGCUGUGGGGCUCAGGCCCUCUGCAUUCCUCAGCCUACUUCAUCUUCUUACAUUUGCAUAUGCCCACUGGGCUGGUCAGGUAAGUACUGCGAUACCAAAACCCAAUUUUUUAUAGCAAAGUUCGUGGGCAACUCCUACAUCAAAUACACGGAUCCUUACUAUGGAAGGAGAGACCUCCAGCACAGCCGCCUUUCCUUAAAUUUUACUACCAAUCAAACUGAAGGCUUAAUAGCGUGGAUGGGAAAAGGUGAAGAUGAAGACAAUGAUUUCCUUGCUGUUGGUCUUGCCAACGGAACGUUAAAAGUCGUGGUGAAUCUCGGAGAAAGGAUCUCUGUUCCUCUGAUUGACAGCAAACCCUCCGCCUGUUGCGAUGAGACGUGGCAUCUCGUCACUGUCGUCCAAAACCAAACUUGCAUUAAGGUGUAUCUCGACGAGGAGCUAAUUGUGUUUGAAGAUAUCGACCCACACAGGAAAUACACUGCUUUAAACUAUGGUGGCAUUUGUUAUUUUGGAGGGUUUGAAAUCGGCAGGGAAGUCCACGUAGUCACGACAGGGCUUUUUCAGAAGGAAUUCAUUGGUAAGAUUAAAGAUGUUGUGCUCUUCCAAGACUCUAAGAAGAUUCAGCUAAUGAAAGCAGAAGGGUAUAAUGUUUACAAUGGAAAUGAUGGAAAUUAAUUGAAGAACUGUUUAAGACUCUUUAAAAGUGAUUCAUUUCCUUUUCCCCCCGUUUCUUGUGUUAACUGGCAAUGUAAGACUCAGGAACCAACACAGGAAAGCACUUCAUAAAAUUGUUCCCAAUUCCUUUUUUAAAUGUUAAGCAUUAGUAUCGUAGCUAAAAUGUGAGCAGACGCUGUACUCGUAUAAUUAUUUAUAUAUACUCAUUAGUAUUUACUUUAAAAUAACGUGAAACUCUGCAAAAUUUUUCUUUAUUCUGUUGGAAAUAGUUUUGUUAGACAAAUGGGUAAUAAUUAGCUGAUAAAGCCAACCGUCAGCCCAGUGUUGUUUCUUGCUUUAUGAGAACAGACAACUUACCCGAGUGUCUCCCAAACUCUCACAUUCUAUCGGAACACAGAGCUUCUCUUUUACAAUUUUGUAAUAUUGAUUCGUAAUAUUAAGGUCAAGUGUAAAAACUGAAACUGGGGGGAAGGAAAGGUUUACUUGGCUAAAAAGCACAGGUUUAUUGUGAUGAGAGUUUUAAAAAUCACAGCAGCUGUAAUUGCUUCAGGCCACAAAGACUCAACUCCAGGUAAGGAAGAGGUGUCUCUGUCUAUGGCCCAUGCUCUUACCUAAAAGUGUGGAACUUAAGCCAGUCUUCACACUAAAACAUUACACUUAACAAAGAAUAAUUUUAAGAGCAGAAAAGGCAUUUUACUUGAUUACUGAACAGAUAUAAACCUAUGCCUGCUGUUUGCCUCCAGCAGAGGUCUCCCCUGUUUGAGUCCAUGAAAACUUGUUGGUUUAAUCAUUUACAACUGGAACGUGGCAAAUAACUGCCAUUGCUAACAGCUUCAAAACCAGAAAGCGUAAGAACUGCUUUGCUUUAGCACAACCCUUCUGGUUUACAUGCCCCUAAAAUGACAUUUUGAAAUUUUACUAGACAAAGGUUUGGGCCACAAUAAAUUGAAUUUCCAUCGCUAUAUUUUUCAUUAAUUUAUAACCGAAAAAUAAAUAGAGUUCUUCACAUACAAAUGCAAAAACUCCCUUCCUUCUGAAAAAGCUCAGUUAUAAUCCUACAUUUUCGUGAGCAAUAAAAACUAAAUAAAUCAAGACAUAUUUUAAUGUGCUUAAACAAAUGACUUAUGAUGGUAUCUACAUUUUCUCAUUUGACUGCUGGCUUACUGUAGAAGUAAAAUACUUAAAUAAAAAUAAGAGAUUGAUUCCUAUACUUUUUUUUUAAUUAUUUUACUACCGCUCAAAAGCACAUAAUGAACCAUCCCCUCCGUGCAUGGAAAUUCUCUGAGUCCAAGUCUUCAGUGAGCACCUAUCAGAAACAAGUACCUAUUUCUGAUAUAUUUUUGUUGUCUCUUCGUCCAGCAGCCACAGAGCACAGUAAAAGCAGGUGUCACACCUUCAUGCCCACAGAACCACAACCAGUACGAAUGCCCUGCCCACUCAGUUACGGGUGACUUGAAGAUAAGACAGGUGGUGGAGAGGUGGGAGAUGGAACUACCCUGAGAUGUUGUAAGAUGCAGCUGCACACAUCUUCGUGAGGUUCUUCCUAUCCUCUUCAGCUGCUCUGAGCCCUCAAGCAA